AGCUUAAGCGGCGGCGGCGGCGGCGAGUAUACCACACGCGAGCCUGGUUAGCAAUCUGAAUAGAGAAAGAGAGAGAAAGAGAGAGAGAGAGAGAGAGAGAGAGAGAGAGAGAGAGAGAGAGAGAUUGAUGGCGCGCGGCGGCGGCGGCGGAGUCGAGUUUCGGCCGCCUCCUGAGAUGGCGAUGGAAGAGAUGGAUCGGCAGCCUGUCGUUGUUUCCGAAGCAAGAAUCCUGAGGAUGGAGAUUGCGUCCCUGGUGAACUUGCUCAUCGAGAAACAAUCUGACGUUCUUUCCUACGAUCCCGAGAUCGUGAGGAAGAUCACGUCCCUGAGGAACGAGAUCGCGUGCCAGAAGCUGGCCAGGGAGCGCAAAGCCUUGGUUACGGAGGUCAAACGCACAGUGCCGCGGAGGCGCAAAAAGUUUUAUGCAGUGCGGAGGGUCGCUGAGAAGGAGAUCAUGGCCGAUCAGGAGAGCGUGGAUCUGCCUAACUCCGAUACGCAUAGUGUGACCUCCCAAGUCAGUUGCAUCCCCGAGCAGUUGCCCGAGCCCUGCGACCAGAAGGAGAUCGACUCGGAGAAUAACAAAUCAGCUUCCAGAUUCAAAUCCAACUUCGAGCAUGUAUAUUCACCCUACGGUAUUGAGGACGAGGGAGUGCGCCUAAACCGCCAAUUCAGUCAUAUAUUGCAGCAGGCGGAUGCCUUGUGUGACGAGAUGGCAUCUAUAGCAUCUAUUCUGAGGAAAAUCAGUGUCCCCAUCAUCUCCUAUUACGAUGUCUCCGAUCUGUGUAACACAGCGCAGAGUUUAUCGAGGAUCUCCAAUAGUAUAUUGUAUAAUAGCAUGAAUGCUGAUAAACAGAUGGCGGUCCAAUAUGCUGAGGACCAGAGGACCAAGGAGGAGAUGACCGAUCAGAUGGGCAAAGGCAAAUCCAGCACCCACUGUCUUGAGAAGCAGAGGACCGAGGAAGAGGUGGAUGUAUCUAUAACAGAUUUGACUGACCAUACCGCUGAUGAUGGCCAGUUGACAGAUGAUGAGGGUGACCAUUUUGUGGGAGCAGAUCUGAUAAGUUGCCUUUCCAACCAGAUGACUGCGUACAUGGAUGAUGGCCAAUCAAGCGCCGAGACGCAUGAGUCGAGGAUGAUGGAUAAAGGCAAAUCAAUUAGUGAAGGCAAGUCAAGCAUGGAGACACAUGCGUCGAGGAUGUUGGAUAUGAUGGUGCUGGUUUCUGAUGAUAAGAGUGAGUCGGAUGGUAUGACCAACUUGUGCAAAUAUUACAAGAUGCUCGAAUUUGAGGAUGAGAAGGUGUUGGGCAAGAUGACUGCUGAGAAUUUAAGGAUGUAUUACAAAUUUCGUACGGAGCUAUUAAAGAUGGAAGCCAGCUUACGCGAGUUCCGGGAGCAGAAUGAAAAGGAUGACCUGAGGUGGGAGCAGGAUAAAAAGGACGCACUGAGCUGUUGCAGAACAGACCCGACCCCCUUCUCACUUCAGGACGCGGUAGGGGAGGAGGGGGAGGAGGAGGGGGAGGAGGAGGAGGUGACAGAAUUCACAGAAUCAGACAAAGAGGAGAUGGAGAUGGAGGACAGGUUGUUUUCUGGAAAACGUGAAGUCUGGGAAUCCGCAUGGGGAUGCUGUGGUGAAUUUGAAGACAGUACCGCAGUGAGUCCUAUGCACGUUACACAUUGCACGCCGGGACUGAUCCCGUACGCCGCUCGCUCUGUGAGCACCUUGCAGAUCUACUCCUUGAAGAUUGUUGGAACAGAUGGAAAGUUGAAGUUACCACUCCAUGUGUAUGGUGUUGUUGCUGCCCGAGACACCGUGGACUACAACCGCAACAUUCUCUUCUUUAGGCGAAGGGAAGACUGUCAAAAACUCACUCCAGAGGAUCCAUUUUUGCACUUGACUGGCCCGUCCCGUGCCAUCGUGGCUGUGGACCAUGUUGACUUCGAAGUCCAACUGAAAGUAAAGGGUGCAACAAGGUCCAGCGACAGAGCAUUGAUCAGUCGUUGCUGCACUUAUUCUGGUGGUUAUCAUGAAGGUUUAGAUACCGCUCUCAUCAGCAACUGCUUUUGCACGGUAGAGUUAAGCUUGGAGCGACUCGCAAAGACAGUCCAGGCUACCACCUUAAGUGUCCGUGUUGUUGAAGGGGGACCUUGGCCUUUUGAAUAUGGUGGUCGGAUUGUGUGCUCCUCACCACCACAGGAAGUUAUGGACUCCCUGGCCAGGCAAGUUGUGUUGGUUGAUUCUCGUUCUUCUGAUGGUGGAGAAAUGCCAAUGGGCACAGAUGGCUACCUUGAUCUGUCAAGGCAUGUUGUUUCUGUAGAACUGGAAGAAAGCCUGCAAUUUGUUAUACAAGCCUACUCGCAGUCUGGUGAUGCUAUUGCUAGACAAGGUCGUGUCAAGUUCAGGGCCGAAUAUUGCAAUGUAAGUCGAGGUAUAUGUGAGAUUGGUGACUCUAAGGUGGAGAUUACUGUUGCUUGGUCCAAACUUGUUACCAAAAGGAUGGAUAUCCUCUUAGAAGGGCAUGUUUGAUGGUUCUUGUGCGUUGGAGGUUAUGGACUACAGAACCCGUUACCCAAAUUUAUCUGUUUGUCCCUUGCAUGUGGUUUGUGAAACUGCAUAACUAUUUUUGUAUUGAUAUGUCCAACUAUUUGUGUAUCUGACUAUCUGUGUCCACUUCAACUUCUUAUUAUGCUAUGUGAAGUACUAAUUCUGUUUCGAUAA